AUGGGAGAUGAAAUUAUUUCUCAAUACUCUAAAUUACGACUCGAAGAAGAGGAAGGAGAUGUUGAUCUUGGAGAUGUGGUGUCUGAUGACCCGCAAGAUAACCUUGAUCUAUUGCUGAUCGGGAGAAUGAUGACAGAUCGUCCAUACAACGUGGAAGCUUUUAAACGUACAAUGAAAAAGGUAUGGGCACCUGUGCAUAAUUUGGUUAUUAGGGUUCUGGGGCCGAAUUUGUAUGCGUUUCAGUUCUUUCACUGGAAGGAUAAGGAGAAAGUAUUACAGGGGAGACCGUGGUGUUUUGAAAAUACCCUAAUUCUGAUGAAGGAGAUCGAAGGAGAUGAACAACCGAAACAGGUAGUUCUGACUCAUUCUCCGUUUUGGGUACGGAUCAAGAAACUACCCUUCAACUGUCGAUCUAAUGCACACGUUAAAACCCUUGUCGCCGGAAUGGGCGAAUUAAUUGAAAUUGAGGAGGACAUACUUGGCCUUGACCGCUAUCGCCGAGUAAAACUGUUGCUGGAUGUUACCAAGCCGCUUUUGCGUGUUAAGAGGUUUAAGGAUAGGCGAGGGAGGGAGAUUGAAGCGGAGUUUGUGUACGAAAGACUUCCUUUUUUUCUGCUUUGCCUGUGGUAUAAUGGGACAUGCUGA